AUGAAUAAGCUAAUAUUGUUUAUGUUGUUGUUUAUUUCGUAUACAGCUUUCUGUGACACAGGGAAUGAUACUAAUGUUCUUGAUGAUUUUAAAUGCUCCCUCCCUGAUGUCACCACUGUGGAUGACAAUCUUGAUAUCGGCAGAUUCAGAUCGGACUUUUCUAAAAUUUCUGAGGUAAAGUUCCCAGGACUGAUUGGACCCACCAAUGAACGUCUCAUCUGUAAGAUAAAAUGUAUUGACGGCAAUUGGGUCGGCCCACUUUGCUCUCAAACACCAAGUAAAAAAAUUCCAGAUGGUCGCUUCCAGCCUAUCCUCCGGGAAUGUCUCUAUCGCAACCAAAACCCUCUUAUGGCUGUUGCAUUUAAAAACGACUCCAUAUUGAUUGAUACAUAUUUUCCCCAUGGAUCGGUGAUUGUGGCCAGAUGCAAGCACUUCGGUUUAUACAAGCUUACUGGGGAUAAUAUGCUGCGAUGUGAGAAUGGGGAGUGGUCUUCUAAGAUGCCCAAAUGCGUACCCACUUCUGUCAUCACCAAUUACACUGAUGGUGCACCACCAACCAUCCAAUACAUAGCUGUGGCAGGCUCAGCUAUAGUUGAGCUUAGUGGGGAACUGUACGUGUAUCCAGGGAGUACCAUCUGGCUGGACUGCCUCUGGCCGAGGUCCUUGGGAAGACCGUAUUGGAGUUGGACACAGUCAUACAGACACUACGCGGCCUGGGCGAGCCACACUGGCGAGACGGACCUCCAUUAUAGACUAGUGCUAGCCCGCGUCUCCGCGAGCCAUACGGACACCUACACGUGCACCUCUCCCGCCGGCAGCACUAACACCGUCGCCGUUAAAGUUGUUAACAUAGUUUGUCCGCCGAUUAACGUUUCGUCACCCCAUGUUCAUCAGUUCGCACAAGGGUCGCGGCUGGGAAACUCUGUUCACUUCAGCUGCCAGCCUGGCUACCAGCUCAAUGGCUCUGCUGUUGUUAACUGCAUGGGGGACGGGCGUUGGUCAUCUCAACCACCAACAUGUGUAGAAACAUUUUGUCCUGCGCUGCGUGCUGCGGGCGCGCUCAGCGUGCUCGAGCACGACGCGUCGCACGGCGGACGCGCGGUUUUCGCGUGCGCGUGGGGUUACCGGCUGGUGGGCGCGCCGGGGCUCGAGUGCGAGCCUGACGGACGGUGGAGCGGUGAUGUGCCGCGGUGCGCGCCCAUUUACUGUCCGGACCCACUCGUGCCCGAAAAAGGCCGUUUGCUGACUUCAUCAUCUAAAGAAUCGAAAUAUCCUGUCGGAGAUCUCAUUAUUUAUUCCUGUGAAGUGGGAUACGAAAUUUUGGGUGAAUCAUCUAUAGUGUGCACUGAAAAUGGAUUUUGGUCACACCCCCCACCAUUUUGUCUACCCCCCUCGGAAAUAAAAAAAGCCGACACGAUAUACAUCGAUAAUACAACUUUAGUGAACUUUGAAGAA